CUUUACACUUUUGUCAUCCAAACAUAAUCCAAAUCGUAUCGCUUCAUAAAAUUGGGAUUAAACCACUGGAGUCACAUGGAUUACUUUUACGAUGCCUUAAUGAACUUUUUUGGAGCUUGAAUUACAUGAAUUACAUUACAUGGACUGUCAAUGGAGGGACAGAAGUCUCCCAGGUUUCAUUAAAAAAAUAUCUUCAUUUGGUUUCCGAAGAUGAAUGAAAGUCUUAUGGGUUUGGAAUGACAUGAGGGUGAGUAAUUGAUGACAGAAUUUUCAUUUUUGGGUGAACUAUCCCUUUAAAUCUCAUUCUUAGAAAUUCUUAGAAUUAAAAUAGAAAUGUUUUGUUUUAUCCAAUUAUAUACCUCAAUCCAAAAUGGAUUAACCAAGUUACAUUGAAAAAAUGAUAUACAAACUGUUGAAUAUUUAUUAUUACAAAUUUGGCAUGUGUUUGAAUCUACAUUAAAGCUUAUUCUUAGAAAUUCCUUAGCUGGGUAAAUACCAUACAUCAUUUUAAAAUGCACUUCUUUACAUUUAGGUGGAAGGGGAAAUAAAAGAUAUUUGCUUCUGAAGUCAUUCAUUGAUAUUCUACUGAGAUGUUGAAGAAUAUAAUCUCUUUUUAUAUGACCAGGAUAGCUUUCCUGCACAAGACAUUUUCUUAUAAUCCUAUUAGUACAUUCCUUAUCUACAAAACUUAUUUUGCCUAAACUAAGAUCAAAUAUCUUGGCAAUGACAGCAGAAUAUGUUAAAAGCCACUUUAUCAUUCCAAUCAUUGGUUAAGGAAUACUUCUAAUAACUUUUACGUAGUCUUUUUUCACCACAAUUAACAUUAAUUUGGGUACAGAAAUCACUAUAACCCAAAAUACAAUAAAAUUCUUUUUCAUAACUUUUAACACUGACCAAAUCCCUCUUUGCCCUCUUCUUCCAAAAACAAAGAUUUUCUUUGAAAUAAUAUAGAAUGAUUAUUCUAUAAGGAUAUAUUAAGUGGACUGAAAUUGUGUUUUAAAAGCAUUUUCCAAUACAGGAGGACUUGUUUAUGAAAAGCAGAUAGCUUCAGUGGUAUUUUAGAUAAUUCAGAGUCACACUGUAAUAAAAUAUUAUACCUCCACAGUUUUAAAUAAACCGGACGGAAUUGCAAAACAAUAUGAACACUCAUUUUUAAUAAAAGAUUGCAACCAUUUAACUAUUCAUGAUAUCAAAGUCUAUUGCCUUUAGUCCACCUUCUUCAUAUUCUUUAAUUACAUCUUUUUUUUUAUAUAUAGUGCCAUUUCUUUCUCCAAAUGAAAUCAAAUUGAGUUUAUUAAUUGCUUUUAUUGUUCUAGUUGAAAUCGGCAAUGAACAGCCUGGCUAAAUUAACCUUGAGAUGCUCUCUAUUUUCCGUAAACAUCAAGCAAUGUACAAUGAGUUUUUGAGGAAAAAAGAUGUCAAAAGAGAGGCCUAUUCUUCUGGGGCGGUGCAGUCCUACACACCCGUAAGUGGGGCCAGUCGAACAGCUUCUCAGAGUGGGGCGGGAACAACCAAAUUUGACCGGAGCGAUCCACGACAGUCCCUCAUUUCUGAAACAAUUGCCAAGAUGAUCGUCCGCGACCUGCAACCUGUGCAGAUUGUAGAGAAUGAGGGCUUCCGUGAGCUACUUAAGCUCCUUGAGCCUCGUUACGUCCCAGAGCCGAGCCAUUACAUACAACAGCAGCUUCUCCCGGCUUACAGCUACCAAGUACAGCUAGCGACCAAGCUGGCUCUCUCAGGAGUCGAGACCUGCAGUAUCACCCUGGACCUGUGUACGAGCAAUGCUGUGUCUGUCAACAACAGUUCUGGCUACUUGGGCGUGACAUGCCAUUUCAUAACCCCAGACUGGCACAUCAAAUCCACGCUAUUAUCAUGUAUUCCUCUCCAAAAUUAUAGGGACACACAGCGCAUGCUCACUGAGUUCGACGAGAUCUGUCAUGUUCAUGAUAUCUCGGGUAAGGUGUUUCGCAUCGUUGCUGAUCCCUCCCCUUGUGAAAACCGAUCUACCUUCCGCCUGCCUGGUUUUUAUCUCCAUGGUAAUGGUAUUGUGGAAGAUGAGGAGGAAGAUAGUAGUGAUGAAGAAAAUGGUGCAGGCGAAGGUAAGAAUGCUGUUAGUGGAGCAGAAGAGCAGAAUUCUUUAAAUCAGUGCCUGGGUAGGUGUAGGAUAGACUGCUUUGCCCAUUCACUGAGUCAGUGCAUACGGGAAGGGAUCUGUUCCUCCUCUCAGAUAUCCACAACACUCACUAAAGCAGCUUGCUUCUACAACUAUGUUGUUGCUACAGUUACUUCUGAAAAACUUAGUAAAGUCUUUGGUCCUGGCACAGUAGGAAAUGGACAGCACCCAUCAGCCUUGGACAGGGACUGGAACACCCAGCUAAAGAAAAUGCGACAAAUGCUUGAAUCAUUGGAUUUUUUGGAGGACAUUGUGGACAGAAAUGACUUGGCUCUCAACAGUGUUGAAAAAGCCACUCUGCAAGAACUGGUUGAGAUCUUGGAACCUUUUGAGGAAGCCACAGAUAUGGUCCAGGGAGACAAGCAUGUUUCUAUCAGCCUUGCCCUCCCCAGCGUUCUGGGCCUACGUAAGCAUCUGGCAGAAGUUAUGACACACCAGUGUGCAGGACUGGUUACAGGAUUGACUCAUGCACUGGACCAGAAAUUAGCUGCCAUCCUAGAGGAUCCUCUAUAUGUCACAGCCACUACCCUGGACCCGCAGUUCAAGCUUUCUUGGAGCAGUGACCGGGACUGGCACAAGCAGGUUCUCCUGGAGGAGAUGGGAAAGCACACCCAGCCUGUGAGUCCACCAGAGCCCAGUUCAGAUGCUCAGCCAUCCCCAUCUAAACGCAGCAGACUAUUCUCUUUCAUCAAAGAAAGGCCCUCCACACAGGCCAAGAGUAUGGAGCAGGAGCUGGCUGCAUACCUGCAUGAGGAGCCCACAGAAGAAGAUCCCCUGCAGUACUGGAAGCGCAAGUCUAUUGAUUUUCCUCUACUUUCAGUAGUGGCCAAGAAAGUGUUUACAGUGCCAGCUACAACAACAGCUGUGGAAAGGAUAUUCUGCCUCGUAGGCAAAACCCUAAGACCCGGACACUGCCGACUCCUUCCAAAAAACUUAGAUACACUGAUUUAUUUGAAGGCCAACUACAGCAUAUUGUGGUCUUAACUGCUUUAAAAUGGCAUAUUUACAGGAAACUGACAGUAGAUUUAGAGUACUUGGAUUUUUUUAAUUAAAGGAUGCCUCAAACCCGAAAUCAAUGAGCAUAAAACUGCAGCAUCACCCAAAGUAAUAUUAAACUGUUUUAGUCUGUACACAGGUACUGAGACAUUUAUUGAAUCAGUCAUUUGGCAUGUUUUACACAUGUAACCCAUUGUUGUCUCUAUUUUUUUUUUUUUUUUUUUACAUCGAUUUUAUUUACAUUUUUUCAUUUAUCAGACUCUCAUAUGGAAGUAUUUUCCAGACUAUUUUCAAAACUAAUUGCAAAUUGUAUUUACAGUUGCAGUUUCUAUCUGUGGACGCAUUACUGUUUGCAUUUUUGUUUACAUGAAUGUACAAUGUCUGGCAAAUUUCAAAUGGAAAAGCAAAGUCCAUUUGCAAUUGCAUUUCCCAUGAGUUAUGUCCCUGUCAUAUUGAAAUAGCAAUAGCAAUCACCCUGUUUGCUAUUUCACUUCCUCAGCAUUGCAUAUGGAGCCUGCCAAAAUUAAAUGGAAUCGCAAUUCCCAUUGCAUUUGCAUUUCCGAUGCCUUGCACAGAAACCUGUCAGUCAAAAUAGGAAUGGGCUAUCCACGAGCUCCCUUUAAUCUCUACAAUUAUAUAAUAUUCCAAUGAAAAAGGAGGUGAAAUACUUAGGGAUUACAAUUUCCAAAGAUGAAGAGAGUACAGAAAUGUUGAAUAUUGACAAUAAAAAGUAGAACAAAUAUGAAUAUUUUAUAUAUAUAUAUAUAUUUAUAUAUAUAUAUAUAUAUAUUUGCAGAGGAACAUUACAAUACUUGGGAGACUAUUACUUACGAAAAUAGAGAGCAUCUCAAGGUUAAUUUAGCCAGGCUGUUCAUUGCCGAUUUCAACUAGAACGAUAAAAGCAAUUAAUAAACUCAAUUUUGAUUUCAUUUGGAGAAAGAAAUGCCACUAUAUAAGAAAAAGUAAAAUAAUUAAAGAAUAUGAAGAAGGUGGACUAAAGGCAAUAGACUUUGAUAUCAUGAAUAGUUAAACGGUUGCAGUCUUUUAUUAAAAAUGAGUGUUCAUAUUGUUUUGCAAUUCCGUCCGGUUUAUUUAAAACUGUGGAGGUAUAAUAUUUUAUUACAGUGUGACUCUAAGUUAUCUAAAAUGCCACUGAAGCUAUCUGCUUUUCAUAAACAAGUCCUCCUGUAUUGGAAAAUGCUUUUCAAACACAAUUUCAGUCCACUUAAUAUAUCCUUAUGGAAUAAUCAUUGUAUAUUAUUUCAAAGAAAAUCUUUGUUUUUGGAAGAAUGGUGGCAAAGAGGGAUUUGGUCAGUGUUAAAAAUUAUGGAAAAGAAUGGCUGUAUUUUGGGUUAUAGUGAUUUCUGUACCCAAUUUGCCCAAUGGUGGCUUAGUGAUUAGCACUUUUGCCUUGCACUGCUGGGGUUGGGGGUCCAAUUCCCACCUCUGCCCUGUGUGCAGAGUUUGCAUGUUCUCCCCGUGCUUUGGUGGUUUCCUCUGGGUACUCUGGUUUCCCAGACUCUCCCAGUCCAAAGACAUGUGGUGUAGGCUGAUUGGCAUUUCCAGAUUGUCUGUAGUGUGUGAGUGUGUGUGUGAGAUUGUGCCCUGUGAUGGAUUGGCACUCCAUCCAGGUUGUCCCUCACCUUGUGCCCCGAGUUCCCUGGGAUAGGCUCCAGGCUCCCCGUGACUCUGUGUCAAGGUAUUUGAUCUUAGUUUAGGCAAAACAAGUUUUACCUACUAUUGCAUAGGAUGUGGUGAAAUUUGGAGUAUGUUUGGAGGAAAAAAGUGUAAAGAUAUAUAUAUCUGUGUAAAAUAUAUAUAGUUUACUCCCACCCCAACACUGAUUGACAGGCUUCUGUGCAAGGCAUCAGAACUACAAAUGCAAAGGGAAUUGCAAUUCCAUUCGAAUUUUGGCAGGCUCCAUACGCAACGCCGGGGAAGUGAAAUAGCAAACAGGGUAAUUGCUAUUGCUAUUUCGAUAUGACAGGGUCAUGACUCAUAAGACAUGGGAAAUGCAAUUGCAAAUGGACUUUGCUAUUCCAUUUGAAAUUUGGCAGACAUUGUAUGUUUGUGUAAAAGAAAAUGGAAACAGUAAUACACAAUUUGCAUUUUCAUUUGAAUUAUGUCACAAUUUAUGCAUCCACAAAUAGAAAACGCAACUGCAAAUACAAUUUGCAAUUAGUUUUGAAAAUAGUCUGGAAAAUACUUCCAUACUCUCAUGCAAAGUAAUCCAAGCAUAGAGCGGCGCAGCUGAGGAAUGUGAGCCUAAUCAGGGACACAACAUUGGCUCCCUUGCAGUCCGGAAAGAGAACACUAGUUCAGAGAACACUAGUUCACUAGUUCAGAAUCUUAGCUGCUGACCUAUCACUACCCCUGUUAUAAAAUCCAAAUAAAUGAUUGAGAAGUUAACAACAUUAAUAAAGUUCGUCUUUAACACAGCUGAUUCUUAAUAGGCAUGAAAAUGCAGAAUCUAGGCUCCGUGUGGUCAUCAUUGGGAGAUCAUGAGUUUUAACACUGACCAUGCCGUGGUAAAGUUGGGGAGGAAAUGGGGAAAAAAAACUAAAGAAAAUGUAAAAUCCGGUUUCCAAAGACAUAACACAGUUCUUAAGGCCAAUUCAUGCUGGAAGCUUGUCACAAACAGCAGUUAUGGAUUAUACUUGAUGGGUCUAUGCGGCCAAAGUUAUACAACAUUGACAGACACGUCCUUCUGUGAGGGCUCCAUGCUGCUGUCGAUAGUCGAGUCGUGCCUUGUCACCAUGAACAGGACAGAGCAAAAAUAGAGAAUUUUGAAAAAGGCUGGUGGUGUUUAUAUAACUCAUUCAUGAGAGAACAAUUAGAUUACAUCUAUAUGGUACACUUGCAUUGCAUAAAAGUUAGACUUUCCUAUCUCACCUCCCUUUUCUCUGUUUGCAGCUAUUAAAGUAACAUACAACUAACAAUUAAUUCCUUGAUUAAUUCAGUAACCACUUUAUCCUGGUUGGAGCCUGGGAACACUGCGCACAAGGUGGGAAUACACCUUGGAUGGGAUAGCAGUCCCAUUAAGUCCCAUCUGUGGACAGGGGCCAAGGUAGCAAAUCUGACCAUGCUGCCUGGGCGUACUCUUUCUCUUGUCGAUUACAGUGACACUAGCCAAUUGUGGGCAGAUAGCGCUUUCCUUACUGCCAAAGAGCAAGCAAAUGGCAGCAUAUUUGAAACCUUUUCAAAUUCAUAUGCUCAUUCAAACAUGUGAACAAUUUAAGACAUAAUUCAAAUUCAAUUUCAAAACAUAUACUGUAUUAAGAACAAUGUACAGCAGCUGCCAAAAUUAAAAUGCUAAUGCAAAGCUUAUUUGACAUUUCAUUUGCAGUAUUUAACAAGGUAUGGUUCUGCCGACACAUCACUCAAAACUGAUGUGAGAAAACGUGAGACUCCAUACAGACAGCACCGUGAGCUCAGUAUCAAUCAAUCACUUGCCAAGAUUGACUAUUCCGGGACAUUCCCUAUUCCAGUGACAAUUAUUCCCAUCAAGCAGAUAGAGUAUUUUCUGUAACUGUUAGAAUUAAGCACGUCUUUUGAGUUAACCAUUUAUAGAAGACUGGAUGAGCAUGGAGUAAGGUAGGUUAAUCAGCAAUCCAGUUUUUUUGCUCAACACUUACAGGUAAGAAAAGCAAAGAAUGUAUUUAAUAUACAUGUCUCCUGUGUUCUUAAUACAGUAUAUCCUAGGCAACAUGUGUACUUAAUACGGGCUUGGAUGCACCUUGUCUCGACUAUCAGUGAGAGCAGCCAGCAAGUGGAGAAUUCAGCUGUCAAGUUGAAUAAUUUCUGUCCUUAUUGUUAAAUUGAAUACAUCUGAUUUGUGGUCAAAUGGGUGAUUUGCAUCUGUUCUGUUGCUAGUUAUGUAAGAGCUACCAGGGAAACCAUUGUGAGGAGACACUUAUAGCGGAACCACUCCACUUCCCUCCUUAAUUUAUAUCACAAAGGCCUGAAUUUCAAAGAAAUUUGAAUCCCCUUUAUCUUUAAAUACCUUAUCUCUGAUGCAGCAUGAGCAGCAGUUUGAAAACUUGCACUUGGCUGGCUUCAGGUGUCAUGGUGGAAGCUUGUGUUAGCAUUCACCCUCCCCAGGAGGUAGUUGCUGUAAUAUAGAUGAGAGAUGGGUGGAAAUUGGGAGGUUUCUUUGUUAAAAAAAAAAAAUAAUAAUGAUUAAAAAGGUUUUUGAUUGAAUUCCCUGCAGAGCUGAAGGAAAUAAAUGAAGGCUUGAGAUGACACUGGGAGAAGAAAUUAAAAUAAAGCACCCUUACAUUUAUAAAUGCAACUUGUGUCAUGAGGGAGAGAAGCAGUGGAGCACUGCAGAUAAGAUGCAGUGUUUAUUUAGGAUAUCAAAAGAAGAGAAGAAGUGGUCCUUCAAAUUCAAUUUCCCUCUGCUCAGUGAGUAAUUUCCAAGUCAGUGAUAGCAUGUGGGCAUUUUUUUUUUAAUCCUAACUGAAAUUGAUGAUGUGUCGUUGUGUUCUGAUAUUACUCCCAACCAGAAAGUCCCUGGUGAAGAUGGCACUGUAUACAUACACAACAUCUGAUAUGCUCAUGGCUACAGAAUUAUGCUGCACUUAAAAUAACACCAUGUAUCUAUGAUCAUUUUUCCUCCACUGCAUCCAUUAAAAUACCAAAAGCAAAAAAAAAAAAA